UACAUACAGACGCACACACACGCGGCCGGCAGCUUUCGAGUUACGACGAGUCGUCGCGUAUAAAAUAGCCGGCUGCAAAGCUCGCCGAGUAUCAAACGCCCGGCAGAUCCCGACUGAAGUACAAGUGCGAGGAGGGCAAUUUGGAAGAUCAAACAAAUCUUUCGUCUGACGACCACAGUAGAAAAUAAAAAAUCCAAACGAAGAUGACGAGCGCAGUACUGCUAUUGAGUCUGAUGAUUGGUUCGCUGUACGCGGCUGCUAUUGAAGAACAAUCGAUUCCACCAUCGUGGGUCGAGUGCACCAGUCACCUAGAUUGCCGCCCGGGAUCCUGUUGUACGAUAGGACAACAACGGUACAGCAUACCAAUGUGUUCACCGCAACCCACGCUAGGCGAACAAUGUAGACCCAAUUCACCUCGAUUGACCAACACCACUCUCGGCUAUCCAGAUGGAUCUACGAUCCUGAUCAAAGACGCUUACCUUAUGCUUUGUCCUUGCAGUACUGGCUUGUCCUGCGAUUCGAGAAUAGGAUUAUGUCAGGUGAAGCAACAAGCCGAGGCUUGAUGAUACAUCCCAAAGACGUAGACCAUAGAAAUAUUUCAAGUACCGCAAGUACUGUGAUAAACCUUAGUUCGUAAGCUCGAAAUGAAAUAGAAUAAAGUUAAUCUUCUCUAUAAA